AUGAAGUACUUUUCUACUCAAGCCAUGUUCCUCGGGCAUGCGUCCGUCACCUCCAAAGCGGCGCCGACCACAACUGGCGCGUGGACCGUCAUUGAGCACACUCGGUUCCUUGCGGCCAUCGACUUGUUCCCCCAAGGACCGUGGAAAGCCAUCGCCAAAGACAUUGGCACCCGCACGCCCAGACAAACCUAG